AUGUCGUAUGGUGUUAUUAUUGUGUGCUGUUUGAGUUUAACUGAAAUGUGAAUAGAAACUUUUAAAAUGGGUGUAAAAACAUUUCAGGAUAAUACUACAGAUGUUAAAUACACUUUCCACAGAAAAGCUGGUAGAAGUAUUAUUGAACGUCGUUCUGUAUUUUCACCUGAUGGAGAAUCAAUAGCGAUAAUUGUUGAAAAUGUAGUAAGAGUUUAUAAUAUACAAACGGGUGACUGUGUCCGUACUCUGGAAACGGAACAUCCUGUUAAUGAACUUAUUGCAAUAGAAUUCCCAGUAGAUGAAGACUACAACUUUUAUGGGUGUUCCAAAAAUGGAUGUAUUACGACCUGGACUUGGGAAAAUGGAGCAGUUCUCCGGGAAACGAAUCUUGCAAUUCCAGAAAAUACUCACAUAGUAUCCUUUAAUUUAAUUGAUAGCAAAGAAUGUUUUGUUACAACAACAUAUGGUCUAUACAAAACACUACAUCUUGGUACAUACUCAAUUAAAACUGGAGAGUUAUUGCAAAAAUAUACUGAAUGUAAACCAUUAUCUACGGACUUGGUUCAAGUAUCACUUGGAUGGUGUUAUGGUGAUAGAUUUGCUGCUAUAUCUAAUGGAACAAAAUGUAUUUUUAUUCAAAAUCUGAAGCAACCACAUGUUAAAACAGAGAUAGUAAAUCACAACAAAUUCCGUGUACUUGCAAUAGCAGCCCAUACAACACAAAAUGCUAUAGCCAUAUCGGACAGCUUAGGUCGAAUCACUGUAAUCCGAGGCAAUUUAUAUGACUAUACAAAAAUUGCUAGGGAAGUGUUACAUUGGCAUUUUUUACCACCAAUGGCUGUGUGCUUCUCAAUACUUGGUAAUUAUCUCUAUUCUGGUGGAAUGGAAAAAGUAUUAAUUAAGUGGACAACAGGUCACCUUACAAAUAAAGCCAAUGAGAAAAUGUUUAUCCCGCGUUUACCUGGAAUGAUUAGGUAUAUUACAGCAAAUAACACACACAUUGCAAUAACCCUUACCAACAACUCUGUUGUGAUAGCAAGUUCACAAAUGCGUGUUGUAUCAACCAUCUUAGAAUGUGGUGGGCUAUCGCCGGUGGCUCGCGCAGUUGGCACCUCUUUGAUAUAUCAUAAACAUUUAGGUGCACUCCUCAUUGGUGGACGUACUGGUCAUCUGCAACUUUACUCCACCACUACUGAUAAAGUGUUGUACAAUAUAGACAUCACAGGACAAAACAAUAUACCACCAAGUCGUAGAAACCUUCUACCACUUGAGACAGAAGUGACGUGUGCUGCCAUCAGUGGCAAUGGCUCGUGGCUGGUCACUUCCGAAUAUAGAAACGACGGCCUCAUGUACCCUGAAGAGAUACUCAAAUUCUGGAAGAUGGAACAGAAACACGCUUCACCUUUCAAACUUAACACUUGCGUCAACCUCUCUCACGGCGGUUGCAAUGUAGUCUCUUUAGCACUAAACAAAAAUGGCGAUUAUUGUGUAUCCGCCGGUGCCGACCAAAAGAUCCGAAUAUGGAAAUGUGAAACGAGCAAAUCUCCAAAGAAGACCUAUUGGAGCUGUCUGACGGCAUGCUACUAUUCAUCAGGCAUCGCACAGUUCUCAGCUAGUAACGUUUUAAACAACUUCAAAAUCGGUGAGGGUUUCCAAUCAGGUGAAGUGGAAAACUUUCCAUAUUUGACAGAUUUAAAUAAAACGAAUGAUGUCAUUAAAAAGCUUUUCAACAUACAUAAAGAACAGUCGUUGUUUGAUGAUGGUGUAUAUGAUGUAAAUGUUAAGAGGAAUGAAGAACAUGAUAUGGGGGGCGUGGCAAUAUCACAGGAUGGUUCACUCAUAGCCGCUUGGUUCGGUUGCAAAUUGACAUUAUGGGAUACGCAUCUGUGUAGUCUGAGAACAACACUAUCUCAUCCUGCUUUACGACCUAAAGGUAUUCACGUGAAAUUCGGUAACAAGGAUGCCGCACACUAUUUGGUCUGUACUACAGAACAGUGUGUGGCAGUUUGGAGUCUGCUAUCGCUUACUGUAAAAUGGAUGGUCCAAAUAAACCCCACUUACCUUGCGGCUGACCCAUGCUCUAACAAAAUGGCGAUAACCACUUCUAAUAACGAUGUGUUCGUGUUCAGUCCGCAUAGUUCUUCACCAAUAUUAUCCAGAAAAUGCCUGAUAAAUCCUAAGACUGGUGUAUUUAAACUGUGCACUUUCGGUGCCAUUUCAACUAAUAACGACAUAAGACUCUACGUGAUGCGGAAUGAUUCCGAAAUUUACUGCUUAGAGCCAGAACAUAAAGAAGAGGGAAGCUUAGAAGUAAUGACUCGACGAAGGCUUCCUAAAUCUAAGUUCAGCACAUUAUUAGCUGAACAGCAAAUCUCAGAAGUCCAACCAGCGAUGCCGCUAGACGUACAGUCAUUCGACGUGACUUCAACAGGACACGAUGCCCUAUUACAAUUCUUGACAGCGUCUCCGCAUAUGGUGCCGCCAGUCAGUUUGCUCUGUACAUCGUUCCUGCAGAACAUGUCCGGACACCAACAACCAGAGGAAUCUCCCGAAGACCAUCAGGAACAAACUAUGGAGGUGGACUCUGAUUCUGAGAGUGAACGUGAAGAUAUACCAAAAUUCAAUGGUCCAUUUGCUCCGAAGGUUACCCAACUUUGGACUCCUAAUUACGAGGAUAUAAAAGAAAAACGAUUAAAGAAAAUUUUAAAGGAACCUUUUUUGGACUUACAUACUACUCAAUCUAUGUUCAUCGCUUAACAUAAGUGUAUUAAAUAAACUACAAUAACC